AUGCCUCCAAAACGUAGGAAAAUAAAACAAUCAGACACAAGUCAGGAGUCAAUUGUUGAUGAAGAUAUAAUCACUAACUUGCCAAGGAGCGUAAUAGAUUGCAUUUUAGGGAAAAUGCCUAUACGUGAAGCGGUAAGAACGAGUGUUUUUUCAAAGAAGUGGAGAUUUUACUACUUAACUAUUCCGGAGUUGGUUUUUGAUGACCAGUUCUGCAAAGAACUUCAAGACUAUGCUGCCACCCAGAAGAAAUUGCGUAUGUUAUCUGAAUAUGAGCUCGAGUUAAAGUACCAAUUUGACGAAAUUGUUACCAAGUCUCUUAUGCUUCAUCGUGGUCGAAUAGAGACAUUUAAAGCGUGCAUUCCUAGUUUCAAUUCAACAAGGGUUCCUAAUGUGAACAAAUGGAUUUUGUACUUGUCUCGGAAAAAUAUCAAGAAAUUAACCUUAGAAUACAAGAAGGAUAUUAGGCUAGAGUUGCAUUUGUGUGCUGGUAUUCGUCAUGUUAAUAUCAGUGGUUCUAAACUCAAGAGGUUGCACAUAAAGGCCUAUGAUAAGUAUGAAUCAAUCUCCUUAGAAAAUGCUCCUAACUUGACUGAAGUUUCUGUUAUGCUGGACAGAGUUGUAACAGGCUCGGAAAAGUUGUAA